AUGUAUGCCCUUUUCAAUUUCAUUUUUUUAUACAGACCUGAGGAGUCUUCCCAAGAACAAGACCAUGUGCCACCAGGUGAUGAGCUUGCCGCAGAGACCACUGUGGUGGUGACCACAGCAGUUCCACAUGAGGUUGUCUCAGAGAGCAAGAAGGAAGUUACUGCAGAAGCACCAUCUGCUGUCAUGACAGUAGAGAUGGAUACUAAGAUCACUAAUGAGAUUGAGCAGGAAGCAGCUGCUUCGCCUUCACGUCCUCUAGUUGAGCAGAGGGUGGAGCUGGCUAUGUUAUUGACUGGAGAACCAUAUAGUGAAGAGCUGUUCAACUCCACCAGCAGUGAGCAUAGCAGACUCACUCACAAGAUCACAGAGAAGAUUUCAGCUGCUUUGAAGAAACUGACAGAAUUCAAGAGCGUAUCGGUAUUGAACAUUAGGCCACAGAUGGAUCCCUCAAGUGGUGAUAAGGCAGUAUUGGUGGAAUAUGUUGUGUCCCUCCAGACAAUCAGUGAAGAGAUCAGCAGUAAAACAAUGGACUUCAUCAAUCUUCAAUCCAACAUGGUAGAGGGCACCUUUAGUUAUUCAGAAGGGUCCACUGUUCAGUACACCGUUAUUGACAUCCACCCCAACAUCACUGAGGCUAUGCAUGUGGAAACCUCUCCAGAGGAAACCCAUCCUGCAGAAGAAUCUCCAGACCGUUACCACAAGGAUGAUAUUUUAGCAGUAGAAAAACCAUCUGAGCUGCCUGGAGAGGUGAUGAAGGAGGUCUUUACUAUUGGUGACCUUUUGGAUUCUACAAUAUCAGAAGAAGAAGACCUUCAAGACAAGGACUUGGUGUCACAGUUUCCUUCCAUCCAGACUUUUGCUGUGGAUAUUGAAGCUGUGGGUACCAUUAUUGAUGCCAAGCAAGACAAUGGCUUGACAAUUGAUGAUUUUAAUCCCGCCUCUGGAUCUGGUGCAGAAGAUGAUUGGGUAACUGUACUUACUAAGGCUCAAGAGCCAGCUGGAGAGACAGAAGGUGAGGAAGAAGUUUUGAUUGAUGUAGACAAGCCACAGAUCGAGGACUAUGAAUUCUCCACAAUUACAACAGUGACUGAAGAGGACCAGAUCUUGCCUGAAGAAACUCCUGAACUGAUUACUGUUAAAGCUGGAGAAAAUGGAAAUUUACAGGUUGGUAGAGAAGUGCCCACAAUGCCGCCAGUCAAAGUGGCUAAGGUAGAAUCUACCCUAAAACCUGAGGAAGACAUUUUAGUACCUGUAGAAGAAGAGAGGACGGAGCAAGUCAACAAGGAAGAAACAGUUUUAACAGAAAUGAAAAAGGAUGAGGAAACUGAAUUUGCUGUGAUUAUAAAGGAAAAAUCGGAGGAGGUUGAAGAAGAGGAACAGGAAGAAUCUGUUGAGAGUACCACAAUGACACAAGAAGAAGAUGAUUAUGUACUAACAGAUGCUUCAGCAAUACAGUAUUCAGAGGAAAUUCUAACUGAGGAUGAGAUCAUAUUGGUCACCGUUGAACCAGCAAGCCCAGUCUACCCAACUCCUUUUUCAACUGAGAAAGAAUCACCCUUCUCCCUCAUCACCACUAUUACCCCAGCGGAGGUGGAGUUGGUGCAUACCUUAAAUUCAAAAGUCAUGACUCCAUCUCUAGAUGUGAUUCAUUACAAAGAGGAAGAUGGUAGUGGCAUCUCUGGUGUCAUCCAGGGUGAUGAAGUUUCCAGCACAGCCGUGCCAAUUAACCCCGGGCGGUCUUUGAUAGUGUUUUUCAGUCUUCGGGUAACUAACAUGAUAUUCUCUGAGGAUCUGUUUAAUAGGAGCUCUGCAGAGUACAAAGCCUUGGAGCAACGGUUUCUUGAACUGCUGGUGCCAUAUCUGCAGUCAAACCUCAGCCACUUCGAGAACCUGGAGAUCUUGAACUUCAGGAAUGGAAGUAUUGUGGUGAACAGCCGUAUGAAGUUCGGAAAGCCUGUUCCUCGUGGAGUCAGUACUGCUGUUUACCUCAUUCUAGAGGAUUUCUGCAACACAGCUUACCAGACCAUGAACCUCGCUAUUGACAAAUAUUCACUGGAUGUUGAGUCAGGGGAACAGGCAGACCCGUGCAAGUUUCAAGCAUGUAAUGGGUUUGCUGAAUGUACAGUGAACCAAUGGUCAGGUGAAGCUGAAUGUGUGUGUAAUGCUGGUUACUUCAGCAUGGAUGGACUACCCUGCCAAAGCAUCUGUGACCUUCAACAUGACUUCUGCUUGAAUGAUGGGAAAUGUGAUGUCAUUCCAGGCCAAGGAGCCAUCUGCAGAUGCCGUGUUGGGGAAAACUGGUGGUACAGAGGAGAACAUUGUGAAGAAUAUGUUUCUGAGCCACUCGUAGUUGGCAUUGCCAUAGCAUCUGUUGCCGGGUUCCUUCUGGUGGCGUCAGGAGUAAUCUUUUUCCUAGCAAGAACUCUGAGAGACCAAUAUGACAAGGAUGAGAUGGAGGACCCAGUACGGAGAGAGGACAGUCCACCAUUUCUAGACAUGGCCACUAAGUAUAACCCCAUGUUUGAGAGUGAUUUAACUACAAGCUACAGCCAUUACUACCAGCGGUACCCCGAACCCCCAGUCCACAGCAGCGCCAGUGCAGAGGCAUCCACAGAGUUCAGCAGUGAAGAGAUACGCCAUAUUUAUGAAAACAGUGAACUCACUAAGGAGGAUAUUCAAGAUCGCAUCCGCAUCCUUGAACUCUAUGCAAGAGAUCGUCAGUUUGCAGAUUUUCUGAAGCAGCAUCAAAUAACAAUGGAUAUUCAAAGAGAAAGUUCCUCCAGUAGUCAAUAGCUGCCCAGUGUCCAAUAGCCUGCUGAGUGCAAAAUAAUGAAGAAAGUUGUGUUGUCUUUUCGGGAAAUGGCAUCUUAGUGAUUCCAGAGCAAUUUUACUUCAGCCUCUCUGAGACUUUGCCAUCACAAAUUAAAAUGGCUACAUAUGGACACUUCUUAAAAUAUGAUUCAAGACAGAAAAGGCUAUUUUUGUUUCUUUUUUUUUUUUUGGUUAAAGACAAUUUUCUGUCAUAGAACGGGAUCUUAGUCACAGACAAUAUCCUUGUCAUUGUUUGAAAUGUGUUGUUAGUGCCUUCUAAUCUAAUCUGUGGCCCGUCUCUCAGACAAUCAAUCUUAAAUGUUAAAAGAAAAAGAUCCCUGAUGUAUUCAUCCUGAAAGUUACUUGAAUCACAGACCAUUCAUCUUGUAUUACCCUCUUAGUACAUUACCUUGUCAGAGAUUUUAUGCUCGUCUGUAUUGAAAUAAAUCAGACUGCUAUUUUUAAGACAAGUAAUCUCACUUGGUGGCCACCUUGGAAGCAUCCAGGCAGCUAUUUUCUAAGUAGGUAAUAGUUAUACAAAUACAGCUUCUGGAUACUUGAAGAUUUACCAAAAUCAAAAAAGACAUUUUAAAUAAGUGGAAAAAUAUGACAGCAAUUUUGUCACAAAUCUGCUUCAUAAGCUUGAAUCACAGGAUUAAAAUUAUACCUCUAUCAUAAAGGUGAUUGGCUCUUUUAACUGAGAAGAAGCUUCCAUUCCUGCAGCUCCCAAACUGAGCAAUGCGAUUUCUCCAAUUUAUCUUUUUAAUGAGUGUUCGUAAAAUCCUUCCAACAGUGAUUGUUGCAAUAAUGGACAUUUGUAUAUAUAUAUAUAUUUUUUACAUCUUUACUGUAUUUAAAAUUGUAUCAGUUAAAGGGUAUAGUUUACUUACAGUAAAAACGGAAAAUACUGUCAUCAUUCACCUACAUCAUUGUCACUUGUAUAUCAUUGAUCUUUUGUUGUUUUUGAUUGCUUCCAUUGUCCUCAUUUGUAAGUUGCUUUGGAUAAAAGCGUCUGCUAAAUGACUAAAUGUGUCAUUAAGUGAGGAAAUGAUUUGGCAGAAUUGUUUGUGUAAAUGAUGCCUUUGAGUUUUUUUUUUUGUGAGAAAUAAAACUUUGUUAUACAGGAGAA